AUGCUACGGAGACUCAAGACCUCGGAUGCACCACACACAUCGGACGAAGCACAAGGCAGUGAAGCACAGGGCAAUAAUGAUGGCCCCAUAUCAUCUUUGCAGAAAUACCGGUCACAAACAAUGAAGGACUAUGGUCUUAUGAUUGAAUACAAACAUUUACGUCAACAUGUUCCAAGUGGUAUCUAUGUACUGCCAAGUUUUGAUCACUCACGCGUAUGGUACGGGGUUAUUUUUAUUCACGCUGGACUUUAUCGCAAUGGAAUCUUCAAGUUUACGAUUUUUCUACCAGAAAGUUACAAUGGACCAGGAACGUAUCCUCGUAUUGUGUUUCACACCAACGUGUUUCAUCCAUAUGUGGACGAAGAGACGAAGGAACUGGAUCUAAAGCCCAAGUUCCCCAAGUGGGAUCCAGAGCUGAACUACAUGGUAGCGGUGCUCACGUAUCUAAAAGGCAUCUUUUACAUGAAAGACUUUCCGGAAACAAACAGCGUUGCGAACUGUGAGGCAUUGGACAUGUUUUGUCAUGAUCCAGAAAACUACGUGAAUAAAGUGGAAGAAUGUGUGGACGAGUCACUUACGAACGUGUAUAACAACGACCAGGGCUCGACCAUCCGCUUCACAAAGCACAACCCAGCACAUGACAACUUGAGGCAGGAGCUAUUUGCCCAAUUGGAUGCAGCACCGGCUGCAGCACCGCAGACACUAGAAGAGAAGUUGGCUGCGCCACAAUCAACACGAUCAUUAUCGAUCGUCACAGCAGCCGCAGCUGGAGAUGCUUCUAGCCGAGCCGCUCGUGUCCUACCCGAUGAACCGAUGCCAGACUCGUUCAAGAUGUAA